AUGGCUCCCAAGACUAUACUCCUGACCCUUGCGGCUCUGCAGGGUGCUCAGGCCUGGGGCACCUUGGGUCAUGCAACCAUUGCAUACAUCGCACAGAACUACCUCACUGACACUACUGCGACUUGGGCCAAAGGAGUCCUCAGCGACACCUCCUCCUCUUACCUCGCCAACAUUGCCUCCUGGGCCGACACCUACCGCAGCACCACCGCAGGAGCCUUCUCCGCGCCCUUCCACUACAUCGACGCAGAGGACUCCCCUCCUACAUCCUGCAACGUCGACUACGACCGAGACUGCGGCAGCACAGGGUGUUCCGUGUCCGCUAUCGCGAACUACACCCAACGAGUGGGCGACGGGCGUCUCUCGGCUGCCAACACGGCCGAGGCCCUCAAGUUCCUGGUGCAUUUUCUGGGGGACAUUACGCAGCCGCUCCAUGACGAGGCGCUCGAGACGGGCGGGAAUGGAAUUAUCGUUACGUUCGAUGGGUAUGAUACCGAUAAUUUGCAUUCCGACUGGGAUACGUAUAUCCCUGAGAAACUGGUAGGGGGUCACACGCUUGCGGAUGCGAAGGAAUGGGCCGAUACUCUGACUACUGAGAUUAAAUCUGGAGCUUAUAAGAGCGUGGCUGUGUCGUGGGUGAAGGGGGAUGAUAUCACCGAUGCGGUUGGAUCAGCGAUGAUGUGGGCGACGGAUGCGAAUGCGCUUGUCUGUAAGGUGGUCAUGCCGAACGGGGUAGCAGCGUUGCAGACGGGGGAUUUGUACACGAAUGGGUAUUAUGAGUCAGUGAUUGGGACGGUGGAGUUACAAAUUGCGAAGGGCGGGUAUAGGUUGGCGAAUUGGUUGAAUAUGAUUGUGGAUGCGAAUUUGAAGAGGAGGGGCGAGGGGGCACAGGUGAGACCGUUGCCGGAUUUGAUGGGCCGGGAUUUGUUGCCACCACUGAGGCCGUUGAGUAGGGCCAAGAUGGCGCGGGCGGCUAUUGGGUAUGGGUGCGGGCAUGAGCAUUAGAACGGUGGAGGUUCGGAUAUCUAAUGUCCAUUAUGUUAGAGUGACAGAUAAGGAGAAUGACGC